AUGCAGGUCCUCAGCCGAGCAACUAGCGCGUUACGAAGCCGUCUUGCCUUUGAGGCCAGUCUCCCUCACGGGGAUCCUCAAGUUGGUACACAGAAGAGCGACGAGGUGGCGUUAGUAACGCCUACCCCCCAGGCACCGCCUCAGGGCGUGCUCGGUGGCAGAUCUAGCGUAAACACAUCAGUUGGCGCGGUUUCGUUUGGCCUUGCCCCCUCCAGCACGGCUGUUGCCGUUGUGAACGAGGGUCAAGUGGCUGCCAUUCGCUCCGCAAUCGACGCCCUCGUAGGUGGCUCGCUCCCCGCAGAGCAGCUGCCCGCGUACCAGCUCUUAAUGGACCAGUACGCGGCUCUUAUGAGGGGAAGUGGGCGCUGA